AAGACGUCUACCCAGCGGUCGAUUUAGGCACUGGCCUCCUUGAAGCCCUUGGGUUCAGCGGGAGCAGUGGUAAAGCAAACAGGUCCGCAAUAGACAUCAGUAAGAGGCGAUUGGAGGAUUGGUGGAAGAAAAGUAGGGAAACGACAAAAGACGGAGACGUACAAAAGCACAGUUCGCAAUAGGGUAUCAGAAAAUUUGGACGUGGUAGUUCAUAGUGGGGUUUUUUUUGUUUUUUCAUUGGUUAACCUAGGUAGGAUAUUAAGCAGCAUAGUAGCAAGAGCUUGGUGGCGCAAGCCACCGCCCCGUUCCAAAGGGGACGCUCAUAACAUCCAUCCAUCCAUCCAUCCGUCGGUUUUGGUGCACUUCUGGUGUUGUGCAAGGUUUCGUUGUGCAUGGCGGUUGUUCUUGUGCUGUGUACUUACUUCACUGUUUUGCGUGCGCAAUCGGGAGGAAUGAGUUAGUUUUGUGAUAUGUCCCAUUUUGCGCAGUCAUUGUGUGUUCUAGCUCUCAGAAAGGUUCGGACAUCGUCUUGCCAACGGCGUGCGUUGCUCCAAACUGACUUUCCGCCCGCCGCACAGUUCUCUUGUAGCAACGUUGACAAAAUGGCUAAAAGUAAAUUUGAAUACGUCCGUCAAUUCGAAGCCGACGACAAGUGCUUGCCAAACUGUUGGAUUGUCACGCGAAUUGAUGGGAAGGCCUUCCACAAGUUUUCGGACGUACAUGGCUUCGAGAAACCCAACGACAAGCGCGCCCUUGACUUGAUGACGCGCUGUGCGGAGCGCGUCAUGGAGGAGUUCGGCGAGAUCUGUAUAGCGUACGGACAGAGCGACGAGUACAGCUUUGUAUUCAAAAAGAACGCCGAGCUCUACAACCGUAGGGCAAGCAAAAUCAUGACAAACGUCUGCAGUUUGUUCACGUCUUCGUACCUGUUCUACUGGCCCUCGUUUUUCUCGAGCCCCAUCCAGUACCCGCCGUCAUUUGACGGUAGAGUUGUUUUGUACCCGAGCGACGCAAAUCUUAUGGACUAUCUAAGCUGGCGACAGGCCGACUGCCACAUUAACAACCUCUACAACACUGUCUUUUGGGCACUCGUGCAGGAAGGAGGCCUCACUACUAGGCAGGCUGAAGAAAGGUUGCGAGGCACUGUCUCGUCCGACAAAAAUGAGAUACUCUUCCAGGAGUUUCAGACCAACUACAACAACCUUCCAGCGUUAUAUCGUAAGGGCACCGUCGUCAUUCGCGAGGCCACGGACGAGGGGUCGUCAGGAGACGGUUCGAAAGCAUUAAAGAACCGCAAGCAGGCCAAAGUGUAUAGAAUAACGGCACUAAACGUUGAUAUAAUUCAAAAGAACUUCUGGAGUAAGUACCCCCAUUUAUUGGCGGAAUAAAUUGAAUUUUUAAUACCA